AUGGAUCGUAGUACCCUGUCAUUUGCCGAUAAUUAUUCAACGGUAAUUGCCAACGCCUCUGGGAUUGGAAAGAAUCACAAUAGUUAUGAACCAUCCUUUUGGAACGGCGAAUCGUUGAGAAAGAUUGCUCCCGUAUUAUUAGUUAUGGUCGCAACACUUAUUGGCAACCUAGUGCUUAUUGUGUCAUUGAUGCACCAACGUCGUCGGAGACGUAAACGUGUAAAUGUGUUUAUUGUCAACCUUGCAAUUGCGGACUUAACAGUGGCCUUGAUUACAAUGACGUCAGAAUUGUUUGAAGUUGUAUUCAAGCAAUGGGUUCUAGGUGCAUUUUUAUGUAAAGUAUUGCUUUAUUUGCAAGUCGUGACGCUGUCUAGUACGACAUUCCUUCUCACAGGGAUGAGUAUUGACAGAUAUCAGAUGAUUGUGCAACCACUGAAAUCCCUGGCGCAAAGACCACAAAUAAAAGCUAAAGUAGUUGUCGCAUGGACAAUGGCUUUUGUAGUGUCCAUUCCACAAGUAUUUAUUUUUGUUCAGGUAGAGAAAUUUAGCGAAUCCCUUCAAGAAACGGUGUACUAUUGUAAAAGUGCCGGUUAUAGCGACGAAUGGCAGAGGAAAUUUUAUUUUACUUUUCAAACCUUCUAUAUUCUAUUAUUACCUGCAGGAAUAAUGCUGUAUUGUUACACUGCAAUAGCAAACAUUAUUUGGAAAAGGGGAGGAAAGUCCAAUAACGAGGUAUUUAGCCCGCAUACCAAUCACGCAGAUUCUCCUAGAAUGUCAAUCAAGAGAAAUGUAAUCUCGGCAUCGAGAAGAAAAGUGGUUUUUAUGACCCUAUCUGUUAUCAUCGCAUACAUAGUUUGUUUGACGCCGUAUUUCAUUAUCAGUCUAAUUCGUAUAUACAGCAACUAUUCAUUAGAUCUGAAAGGCCCAUUGACGGUCUCCCAGACCAUAUUCAUGCUUCAUUCAGCGCUGAACCCAAUCUUGUACGGUUUAUUUGCUCUACGACGAUGUCAUAUCUCAUCAGUAUUUAACUCUUGCGAGAGAAAUCAACAGCAUAACAGAGCCAAUGUCCGUUCAAAUAAAAACAAAAAUAAGACACCCUUGGCAAAAACAUUGAGGAGAGGAAUAAUUUGUUUCCGUCGCGGCAAUGCAAAGGAAGCUAGUGUAAUUAUUGCAAAUCACGCCGCAAAAGAAGAAAGUAGUUUUAAACUACGGACAAGGGAACAUGGAAAAUACAACAUGUCCCAUAGAUACGACCACUAUAUUUUGAAUAAUGUUUCAUUUUUAAAUGUCAACCGCCAGGCCAUACAGAAAAGUUGCUCCGUGGAAAGUGUAACGCUGUCAUCUGACACGUGA